GACGAACGAGCGAGUUAGCGUCGCUUCCAUUUCUCGCUUGUGGACGCUUUGAAACGUCCACGUGAAUGUUUGACUACUAACAACCAUUUACUACGCACGCCACGCGGAUAAGACGCAAUAAAGUUCUCGCCGGUGUUUGGUCCGUGUGCUGUGACUGGGAAAAGCCAGAAAAAAAUGUCCGCGAAUGGAAGCGCACCGGUCGGCUUGUUGUCUUACGAGACUUUGGUUCACGCAUUGGCGGGUGCGAUGGGCAGCGUGACAGCAAUGACCACCUUUUUCCCCUUGGACACAGCGAAAAGUCGCCUGCAAGUUGACGAGAGUAGAAAGUCCAAGUCGACCCCGGUCAUCCUGGCCGAGAUAGCGCAGGAGGAAGGCGUGCUGGCUUUGUACAGAGGCUGGUUCCCGGUCAUCUCCAGCCUCUGCUGCUCCAACUUCGUCUACUUCUACACGUUCAACACACUGAAGCGGCUGACGCCAACCGGGCCUCGGCAGUCCAGGCUGGGCGUAGACCUGCUCACGGGCAUCGUAUCAGGGGCGGUCAACGUGAUCCUGACCACGCCCAUGUGGGUGGUCAACACCCGUCUGAAGCUCCAGGGGGCCAAAUUCCGAAACGAGGACCUUCAGCAGACGCACUACAAGGGCAUUUUUGACGCCUUCUCCCAGAUCGUGGCGAGCGAGGGGGCGGCCACGCUGUGGAACGGCACUCUGCCCUCGCUCAUCCUCGUCCUCAACCCGGCCGUGCAGUUCAUGUUCUACGAGUCGUUGAAGCGGAGGGCGGGGAAGGGAGGCAGGAAGAUUUCGUCUGCCGAGAUCUUCCUGAUGGGAGCCGUCGCCAAGGCCGUCGCCACCACCGCCACGUACCCGCUGCAGACGGUUCAAGCCAUCCUCAGGUUUGGCCAGUACAAAGUUGAGGGCAAGGGCGGCCUGAUGGGGAGUCUGGCUAACGUUUUCUCCUUGCUGAUGGAACGAAUUAAGAAGCACGGCGUUCUGGGCCUGUACAAAGGCCUGGAGGCCAAAUUGCUUCAGACGGUGCUGACGGCCGCCCUCAUGUUCGUCGUCUACGAGAAGAUGGCCGCCGCCGCCUUCAAGCUCAUGGACCCGCACGGCAAGCUGAGGAAGUGAGCGUUCCGUCCAAACGCGAACGUGCCGGCGGACCGGGCGAGAGCGGCGCCGCCUCCCUUCCAAUGGCCCCCGUAAGCGCUGCCUAAAACCCACAAAAUGCUUCACUUGUGAAGACUCUUAAACGUUAACGUGCUAAAUCAGCUAAGAAUGAGAUGGCAAAUGGCCUCUACCGGCAAAUUCUUCCAUCCAGUUUUUGCGUUUUAAGGAAUCGCUUUCGAUGACUUUUCAUCGAGGGAACUUUUAAAAAGUGAAUGAGCGGGUGCUUUCUAGGGAUGUGGAUGACCUGUCAACAAGCCUCAUCACUGUCAGUGUGAACUCUUUGACAAACGUGAAACGUCGUCAUAUUUGUCUUAUGUGAAAUGAUUGUCACGAUACUGUUAAGCCAAAAGUUAUUCAUUCUGCAGCGAUGGAACUGGAACUGACACAAGUUUAUAAGAUAAGUUCAGGUUUGUUGAUUAGUUAUUUAUUCAUAGCUCACGCGAGCCUUUGUGAGGAUAAGCUGCGCAGAACACGAUGGGCCGUAUUGCAAAAACUUGGCGUUUGCCGUGUUUUGGAGUCAUUUCCUGCCCGAAACUGACAAAGUCUCAAUAGUGCCUGUGUCGUGUGUUUCCCUCAAAUAUUUCGGUUCCUCUUUAACAUCACACUGUUGUGGUGGUGGUGGUGGUUGUUGUUGUGCAAAAACAAGUACCGAUAAGUGCCUUUGUGGUGCGGAUGCUGCACCGGAACACGGUCGGCCCACGUCUGGCGCGGCCUCGUAUCACUUGGGUGAAAUGUUUACAUGAGAAUAACAAUAAUUUUUACUUGAA